AUAAUCUCGGAUCAUAUGAGAAAGUGCAACAGUCGUCGAGUGUUCGUUGAUCUGAAAUUCAACAAAUUGAGUGAUAUCAUCAUACAUCGUCGCACAAUGGCAAAUUUUAAUAAUUUGUUCGGUGUUGCUUUAGCUGCUACACUUUUGGUUUUAUUGGCUCAAUCAAAUAGUUCAGAUGCGGAAAUUGCAUCGCCAUCAACGGCUAGCAUUCCUGAUUUCGUUCGAUUGAAUCCCCAUUUGAAUCUGAAACGACUAUCAAAAACAAAUGUUAAUAACACAAUGCUAUAUACGCUGGGCGCUCGAAUCGCUGGCGACAACUUAGUGGGUCAUAGCGCGAAAAAUCAAACCUGGCCCACCCAGCAACAUGUUUCUGUCACAUUGAACUAUCCCACCUCGGGCGUGGGAAAGCAAAUAACGUUCGUUAGAAUACAAAUGGAUCAGUCAUCGAACUUGGGUCAAGCAUAUGUGGUCAGAGGUGGUUUACAUCAACGUAGUAUCGCCAUAGUUGUUGAAGCAUUUACAACUUACUACCUAAAUUACGAUGCACAGAUUUAUGGCGUUUGAAUACG